CCCUGCCUGCCCUCAGCCCUGCCUGCCCUCAGCCCUGCCUGCCCUCAGCCCUGCCUCCCCUCAGCCCUGCCUGCCCUCAGCCCUGCCUCCCCUCAGCCCUGCCUGCCCUCAGCCCUGCCUCCCCUCAGCCCUGCCUGCCCUCAGCCCUGCCUGCCCUCAGCCCUGCCUGCACUAAGAACACAGAACAGUCCAUCCUGGCCGAGCGUUCACGCCCCAGUCCAUCCUGGCCGAGCGUUCACGCCCCAGUCCAUCCUGGCCGAGCGUUCACGCCCCAGUCCAUCCUGGCCGAGCGUUCACGCCCCCAGUCCAUCCUGGCCGAACGUUCACGCCCCAGUCCAUCCUGGCCGAGCGUUCACGCCCCAGUCCAUCCUGGCCGAGCGUUCACGCCCCAGUCCAUCCUGGCCGAGCGUUUAAAGACCUCUGGGGGGGACUCAGAGCCUUGUUGUCACACAGUGGCAUCAUCUUAA